GAUUUGGCCUCACGGGUAAGUAUAAAGGACGGGGGAGCCGGGUGGUUCUUUACCGAUCCAGGACAGGUAUACCCGAGGCCGGAAAUCGCUCAACCUUACGUAACGGCGAGAACUGACAGUAGAACAUCGCAAGGAUGAGAGUAAUACUACUUACAAUAGGACUAUGUUUGGUCGUCUCCACCUUCGCCAGUCCUUACAGAAUUAGGCGACAAAGUGAUGAUAAGGGCACUCCUACGGCGCCUACAGAUGAUGCCGAUCAGACCACCGUCAAGGCACCUACAGAUGAUGCCGAUAAGACCACUGUCAAGGCACCUACAGAUGAUGCCGAUAAGACCACUGUCAAGGCACCUACAGAUGAUGCAGAUAAAACACCUACAAACGCACCUAGAAAUGAAACCGAUGAUGUCCGACCUACGGCACCUACAGAUGAUGCCGAUAGGACCCCACCUACGGGACCCAAGCAACCCGAUAGUGCUGGAGAUGAUGGGAAAGACGGAGACGACGGAGACGACGGAAAAGGAAAAGAUGGAAAAGGAAAAGGAAAAGGUGGAAAAGGAAAAGGAAAAGGAAAAGAUGGAAAAGGAAAAGGUGGACAAGGAAAAGGUGGAAACGCAAAACCUGGACAAGGACAAACUGGAAACACAAAACCUGGACAAGGAAUACCUGUAAAAGGAAAAGACGGGAAAGAUUAAAGGCGGGAAAGCAAAAGGUGGAAGAGGAAAAGUGGGGGCGGCAAAAAAGAUUAAAGAACCCACUACAGAAUAUUAAUGCCUGAAAGGGAUUGUACGGAAAGUGAAAUUAUUGGAGACGAUCAUUAUGCAUUCAGUGUUUACAUAAAGACAUGACCAAACAUCAAUAUUACAGAACGGCAUUGCUUGCCUCUCUCUGCUCCUGUCGGCUCAAAAAAAAAAAAAAUGUUUCAAAAAUUAUUUUGAUGGAAUCAAAUUCAUAGCAACAUAUUCAAGAUUGACGAAAAGCUUUCAUGUAAGAUUUAAUAAAAAUUACAAUAAUAACA